AGUUCCGUGUUUCCGUUUCUGCCGUUGGAGCCAUUACUACCUUUUUUACGCUCAAAAAUAAUCAACAUGGCAGAUAAUUCUCAAUCAAAUCCUUUAACUACACGAAAUUUUUCAAAGGUAAUCAUAUCCUUGGAAAAUAUAUUACUACCGAAAGAGAAAUUAUCACCAACGCCGUCUGAAUUGGACGGGCUAGAGCCUGAUAUUGAAAUUCAAUUAAGAGUUUUAGGAUGUGAACUAAUACAAACUUCUGGAAUUCUUUUGAAAUUACCGCAAGUGGCAAUGGCUACUGGGCAAAUCCUUUUUCAAAGGUUCUAUUAUUCCAAAUCAUUCGUUCGACAUAACUUCGAGGUAGUAGCCAUGGCUUGUAUUAAUUUAGCUUCUAAAAUAGAAGAAGAACCCCGUCGAAUAAGAGACGUAAUUAAUGUUUUUCAUCAUAUAAAGCAGGUUAAAGAGGGAAAAUCGAUCGAACCGAUGAUUCUUGAUCAAACAUAUGUCAAUUUGAAAACCCAAGUUAUUAAGGCGGAGAGACGAGUAUUAAAAGAAUUAGGCUUUUGCGUUCAUGUCCAGCAUCCACAUAAGAGCAACCUCAAGAGGAGUGCUAAAGCUCUCAAACUUCUCUUCUCCGACUCAGAUGAUGUCAGGAAUUAUAUGAACGACAGUUUGAGGACGAAUUUAUGGCUUCGAUAUAAGCCAGAAAGUAUAAGCUGCGCCUGUAUAUUUCUGGCUAGUCGAAAUAUGCAGGUUCCCCUCCCCAACUCUCCGCCAUGGUACCGAGUUUUUGGAGCAACAGACGCUGAAGUAGAAGAUAUCGCACUGACAAUACUUAAUCUAUACGAAUUGAAACGCAUGACGGCUGAUUUUUUAGAAGAAAAAGUUAAUGCUGUUAAAGCUAUAAUAGCCGAAGCAAAAAUGAAAGCCAAACUGUCAAAUCUGGCUGUAAACGGAACAAAUGAUGUCAUUGCUACACCUCCAAGUGCAGUUAAUAGUAGUCCAGAGAAAAAGGAAACUCCCAAGCAGAAUGGUACCAAUACGAGUGAUAAAAGUGACCAUAGCGACAAACCAGUUAAAGAAGAUUCUGAAAAAGAAAAAACUAAACCACUUGAAGAAGAAAGAAAACCAAAAAAGCGCAAUUAUCAUUCGCAUCUCGAUCACCUCAUGCUAGACGACGCGAAUCGCCCAGAAGAAAAUGGGAUGAUGGGGGUCACAAGAAAAGCCGAUAUCGUCGUCAUUCCUAUUCGAGAUCUCCUCCAAGAAGUUCUAAGUCCAAGAGCCAUCACUACAGUAGCAGGCAUUCGCCAGUUUUUAGUCGAAGUAAUGUUUCAUUCAUUAAGGAGCGCUAUUAAAGUAAAAAGCAUAGUCAUUAUUGAAGCAACAGCAAACAUGUCAACUGCGAGAAUUCCAGCGAUCAAUCUACCUUGCGGUAUGAAACUUGCAGCUCCCUUUUUCGGAAAGGAAAGGGAAACAUUUUCUUCGUGCAAAGAUUUACCACCUCUCCCAAUCCCACCCUUAAAACAUACUAUGGAAAGAUAUUUAGAUUCAGUAAAACCCUUUUUAAACUCAAGCGAAUUUGAAAAAACAAGUAGACUUGUUAAAGAAUUUGAAUCCGGUGUGGGACAAGAGUUAAAUCUAAAACUUCAUGAAAGAGCUAAAUAUCAAAAGAAUUGGCUCGAAAAAUGGUGGGAAGAUGUAGCUUAUUUAGAAUCGAGAAUGCCUAUUGCUCCUUUUGUAAAUACUUGUGGACCUGGUGCCUUUGCUGAUGCAAGCUUUGCAUCAUCAGUUGAAGGACAGAUACCUAGAGCUGGUCUUGCAUUAUGGUAUUGUCUUCAAUUUUGGAAAUUGCUCAAAAAGGAGGCUCUGACAGUUGACAGAGAUUCUGAAGGAAACCCAUUCUGUAUGAAUCAAUUCUAUAGAUUAUUCAAUUCGUGCAGAACUCCUCAUAAAAACAUUGACAAAAUAAAUGUCCAUUUUAAAAGUGAAACUGAAGGAUUUUCGCCAACGCAUCUUACCAUAAUUUGUAAGGGUAGAAUUUUUACUGUUCAAGUAAUCGAUGAAAGUGGAGAACCUUUUAAUGUACCUGAAUUAGAACAACAAAUGCAAAAAGUUAGAAAUUACUGUGAUAGUAGGCCUUGGGGAUCAUCAAUUGGAGCCUUAACGUCAAUGGAUAGAGAUGAAUGGGCUAACUUAAGAAAACAUCUUAUUGACCUUGAUAGAGCAAACGAAGAUCACUUAAAGGUUAUUGAAACAUCUGUUAUGAACAUGGUAUUGGAUGAAAAAGAACCAAAUGAUUUAAGUGAAGUAUCUUUAGAGGCUAUUGGAGGCGAUUGCCGUAAUAGGUUUUUUGAUAAAUCUACAUCAAUGAUUUUCUUUAAAAAUGGUAAAAACUGCUUAAAUAAUGACCACGCACCUAUGGAUGCAAUGACUUUUAUUGUUAUGGCAAAUUUUUCAAAUAUAAGUCACGCUUUAAACGGUGGCAAAUGGAUAGGAACAAAAACCAUACGUAAAGACCUACCCGAACCUAAAGAAUUAGAAUUUACAACAGAUAGAAAAAUAGAGAAUUCUAUUAAGAAAGCAAUUGACGAUUUUGAUGAAGCGUGUAAUAAUAUUGAUUUAAAAUCUGUGAUUUUUGAAGAAUUUGGUAAAACGGAAUUGCGCAAGUACAAACUUCAUCCAGAUACUGUUGUUCAACUUGCUCUACAGUUAGCUUAUUACAAAAUGACUAAGAAGCCAGCACCAACAUAUGAAACUGCAACUACUAGGAAGUUUUAUCAUGGACGGACGGAAACCAUUAGAUCUUGUACCGCUGAAGCGUUAGAAUUUUCCAAGAGUUUCGUCAACGGGCAACAUAAUGCACAACAUCUUCGAAAAUUAUUAAUGAACGCUAUGAAUAAGCAUAAUCAAUUGAGAAUUGAAGCGCAAAACAAUUCUGGUUGUGAUAGGCAUCUUUUUGGUUUAGCAUUAAUAGCUAGGGAAAAUAAUUUACCUUUACCUGAUUUGUAUUUUGACGAAGCUUUCAUAAGAAGUGGUGGUAACGGAAAUUACAAAUUAUCAACCAGUUUUGUUGGAUAUACACCAAUUUAUGGGGGUGUUGCUCCUAUGUGUGAAAAUGGAUACGGUUGUUUUUACUCAAUGACAGGAAACAGGUAAAAAAAGAAUUUUUAAUUAAAACUUGAAAAUAGUAUUUAACUUUUUUUUUUAAAAAAAAAAACAACCACAGAAUUAAAUUCUUUUGUACAAGUUGGAAACAAGACGAGGAAACGAAUACUUCGCUAUUUAUUAAUGAAUUAUUCAUUUCUCUAAAAGAUAUCAUGAAAAUUAUAGAAACUACAUCUUCAAAUCUAUAAAAAUAGGACGAAUGAAUGCUCUUUAUAAGCGAAUUAUCUCCAAAUUUUUCUCCUUGACAAACGUAAUUUCAACAAAAAAAAGAAUAACAUGAAAGAGAGAAAAAAAUGGAGUUUUAUAUAAAAAAAAAAACAUAAACGAAAACUAAUUUACAUUGAUUUGACAAGAAAAUAACUGUUUUUAAUGUAAUAAAAUAUUUUUUUUUUUAAAAAAAAACUUAACCGAAAAAUAAAAAUAAUGAAAAUACAGUUUAUUUGGCAGUUAU